AUGGCGGAGGGGGAGGAGGCCAUGAGCCAGGAGGACUGGAAGGAGAAGUGCAUGGUCCUGGAGGCGCUGCUCAUGAAGUUCAGAGUGCAAAUCAUCAAGAUUCGAGAACUCACUGCAGACAAGAUUCAACAACUGGAGACUCAGGUGAUCGAUGCCGAGAAACGGGCUUUCACCGCUCACCAGCAGGUGCAGUGGAUGGAGGAGAAGCUGAAAGCUCCAGACGGUCAGUCCGGAGACUCCGAGGUGCGUUUGUUUGAACGGUGCCAGGAGCUGCAGGCCUUGGUGCAGGAGAAGGAGGACGUCAUCGCCCAGCUGGAGCAGCAGCUGGAGGAGCAGAAACAGAUCCGACUUCAGGAUGCAAAGACAGUGGAGGAGAAAGCAGCUAAGAUCAAGGAAUGGGUGAUGCUGAAGUUGUCCGAGUUUGAGGUGGAGAACGCAGCAUUAAGAGAAACCAACAAGCAACAGGAGGCUCAGAUUGAGGAGCUACAGAAACAAGUGCAGGCCUUUGAGAAGAAGUGUGGCGGUGGACGAGGAGUCCUGUGCAGACCAGGAGAGGCCCAGCGUCUCAGCAGCCUGACGUUUGGCUGUUUCCAGGUGAGGGGGAAAAACCCCCAGGUCCUUACUGGACCGGCACCCUCCCAGAGGACCCUGAGCACCCAGGGAGAGGCUGAGGGCAGAGAUAAAACCGAGAAGAGCAGUAAGCACGCCGCCUCCUCAGGGACGGACGGUGAAGUCCAGAGGCCUGACCAAACUCUGGAGGAUGACAGUGCAUCUGAAAGCCUGGCCGAGAAUGCGAGUGGACCAGCGUCUCGUGGCGUCUCCUCCGUGCUCUCCAGCGCUGCGUCAGAGGUGGAGGGAGGAGGAGGGUGCCAGGGCAGAGGAGGAGGAGGAGGAGGUGGAGUGUGCGGUCUGGAGUUCAGCCGCCCCGGCAGCGAGACCUACCUGACCGCUUCUGACGACAGCAGCUCUCUGUUUGACGAUGACAUGCAGCGCGCGGAGCGGCCCGGCUUCAGCCUGCUGGGGUCGUCAGAGGGGACGCUGGGGGGGUGUAAGGAGGGAGAGGAGGGGGCACACAGGGCCAAGCUGGAGGACUGCACCUCCGAGGAGCUCAACAAGCGCUUCCAGUCGCAGAGACUUGACUCCUCAUCCUCUUCCAGCGAACCCAACACCCCCAGCCCCAUCCUCACGCCAGCCCUCACCCCAAAGCGACCCAACCCACCUCAGGACCUAAGGGACAACCCCGCCUCACCCAAACAGCCCCGGCUGCGGACCCCAGCAGGGUUCGGCCUGAUGAAUGUGGCUCUGGCCAAGAAACACCUGAGCCAGCCGCCGAUCAGCAGUGAGGCAGCACACGGACAAACGCGUAACGCUCUCAGCAUGCUGCGCCCCCUCCGCCCACAGGAGACCGACCUCGACCAGGAGCAGGAGGUUGGCAUGGAGACGGGCAGGGACACGCCUCCUCAAGUCCUCCCCAGUCCUACCUGUCCAUCCUUGCGGAGCUCACCUGGUCCACCGGGACCCGGUACAGAGAUCAGCCCAGAGAGGCAAGACUGUGACAGCUCUGCACCUGGCAGCAAACCUCCCACACCCCCUCUACACAGGCUGCCCUCCUGGGAGAGUCGUAUCUAUGCUGUGGCUAAAUCAGGAAUCAGACUGUCUGAGACGUCCUGCACAGACCCUGCCAGCAAAGACCCCUCCCUCCAGUCGUCCUAUCCUGCCUUUGUAAUGUACACAUCCCUCAUCUACAAAAACAUGACUACUCCAGUUUACACCACUCUGAAGGGGAAAGCCACUCUGCUGAGCAGCAGCCCGUUCUCAGAUGAGUCGUCCAGCUCCGAGGAGUCGUCUAGUUCCGGAGAGGAGGACGGCUCCCUCUGCAGCUCUCACACCUCCUCCAGCUCCCGCAAGGACAGCAGCCCCGGCAGCCCGCGCUCCCUCAAGAGAGCUGUGUCCAUGUCCUCAAUGACUUCAGAGAGCGACUACGCCAUCCCUCCCGAUGCCUACUCCACCGACACAGAGUGCUCCGAACCAGAGCAGAAACUCCCCAAGACCUGCUCUGCAGCCAGUGACAACGGCAAGAGUGAACCGAUGGAGAAGUCAGGCUACCUGUUGAAGAUGGUGAAGACCUGGAAGAAAACAUGGAAGAGACGCUGGUUUGUCCUCAAAGACGGAGAGCUGCUCUACUAUAAAUCACCUAGUGAUGUGAUCAGGAAACCUCAAGGUCAGAUCGAGGUCAACGCCACCAGCAGCAUCGCCCGUGGAGAGGGGAAACAAGUCCUCCAGAUAGUGACGGGGAAGCGUGUGUACUACCUGAAGGCUGACUCUCCGAACCUGCUGGAGGAGUGGCUCAGGGUGCUGCAGAGCGUGCUCAGGGUGAAAGCUGCCAGUCCUCUCUUCACCCAGCCGGACAUUCGCCCCGGCAUGAGGGGACUGCUCAUCAAGGUGAAGCACGGCUACUCUAAGCGGGUUUGGUGUGCUCUGAUUGGCAAAACCUUGUACUAUUUCCGCAGCCAAGAGGACAAGUUCCCCCUGGGUCAGAUCAAGCUGUGGGAGGCCCGGGUGGAGGAGGUUGACAGGUCAAGAGACUCAGGUGACGACCUGAAGGCAUGUGGGCGGGGCUUGCAGGCUGCAUCUUUUACCAUCGCCGUCCACCCGCAGGAGCAAGGACCGACCUACCUGCUGAUAGAGUCCCGCCACGAGAAGGAUUCGUGGCUGUACCAUCUGUCUGUGGCGGCGGGCACCACAGUGGGUAAAGUGGGCACUGAGUUCGAACAGCUGGUGGGAAAACUCUACCAACUGGACGGAGAUCCAAGCUCUCAGAGCUGGAGACAUCCCACAUUGUGUUUCAGUAAGGAAGCUCUGUCGUCCCCUCUCACCACCCUGCCCUCACAAGCUCUGCAGACAGAGGCCGUCAAACUCUUCAAGACUUGUCAGCUUUUCAUCAACGUGGCCAUCGAUGCUCCGGCCAUUGACUACCAUGUGUCGCUGGCCCAGAGUGCCUUGCAGGUGUGUCUGGCCCACCCCGAGCUUCAGAAUGAGUUCUUCUGCCAGCUCAUUAAACAGACCCGCAGGAGGCAGCCGCACGGCCAUCCAGGACCCCUGCAGGGCUGGCAGUUUCUAGCCCUGUGUGUGGGACUGUUUCUGCCUCAGCAUCCGUUCCUCUGGCUGCUCCAGGUUCACCUCAAUAGACACGGGGACUCCAGGACUGAGGUGGGUAAGUAUGCCAUCUACUGCCAGCGCUCUAUGGAGCGAACCCAGCAGAAGGGCGAGAGGCAGGCCAGGCCGUCCCGUAUGGAGAUCCUGUCGAUCCUGCUGAGGAAUCCCUAUCAUCACUCCCUGCCGUUCAGCGUGCCUGUUCACUUCCUCAAUAACACCUACCAGGUGGUGAGCUUCGAUGCUUCGACCACAGUGGACGAGUUCCAGUGUCGCCUCAACCAGGACACCGGCAUGAGGAAAACGGGGCUGUCUGGUUUCAGCUUGUACACUGAUGACCCCACUGGACGAGAGCUGGAACACUGCCUGCAGGGGAGCAUCAAGGUUUGUGACAUCAUCUCCAAGUGGGAGCACGCCUCUAAGGAGCAGCACACUGGCAAGUCCGAGAACACCAGGACUGUCCGCCUCACCUACAAGAACAGGCUCUACUUCUCUCUCCAGGUCAGGGGGGAGUCAGAGAGGGAGAGGUUGCUGCUGGCUUAUCAGACAAAUGAGGCCAUCGUAGCGGGACACUUCCCUGUCAACAAGGAACUGGCUCUGGAGAUGGCUGCCCUGCUGGCCCAGGUGGAGUUUGGGGAUUUUGAGCGCCCCUUCUCUGCUCCUGGAUCAGCCGCGACCAAGUCUAGCCAAACGCUGAAACAGGUUCUGGACAGAUUCUACCCGAAGCAUUACCGCAGGACCGCGUCUGAGGAGCAGCACAGACAACUGCUGCAGCGUCUCUCUGCCCGCUGGGCCUCCCUCAGGGGUCGAAGUUCAUCCGAGUGCGUCAGGAUCUACCUAACCGUGGCCAGGAAGUGGCCUUUCUUUGGUGCCAAGUUAUUUGAAGCAGAGUCCAUCACUCCCUCCCCAGAGCAGGGUGUGCGUGUUUGGCUGGCAGUGCAUGAAGAUGGUAUCAGUGUUCUGGAACACAACUCUGUUAAACCACUGGUGUCCCACCCCUACAAGAACCUGAUGACAUUUGGAGGCUGCAAGCAGGACUUCAUGCUGGUUGUGGGGCAGAGCAUCAGCACCAACGCGAGCAAAGACAAACCUACAGAGAAACAUCUGUUUGCAAUGGACGCCUCCAAGAUCAGGGAGAUCACCCUCCUCAUCUCCAGCUACGUCAACAGCGCUCAUCAGCAGAAGGCGGCCGCCCACCACCUCUCCGCGCCGGCUCUGAUGGUGGCCCAGCCCGUCAGCCUGAAGUGCAAAGAGCUGAGGAGCAAAUCCCCGCCGGCGCUGGGACGCCCCAGCAAGGCGCCCACGCUGCUGUGACAGCACAAAAACGUCACAGAGAAAUAUUCACUUUGCUGAAUUUGAGUUUGAAAAUGAAUUUACAGCUGCACUAGGCCUGAUUCCAUUGUUACACAGCCCUUCUUUCUUAUCAGUCAGAUCCUGUGGAUUUGUCUCAUCGGGCCUGAAUAAUUUCUGGUAUGUGGAAUGGUGACUUACUCUCUCUCUGAACCACGGGUGCUCAUUCCUCCGUCAUGUUUGGUAUCAUUUGAUAUCACUGACCAGCUGAGGUUAAAACAUUUUACUGACAUCAUCAUCAGGAAGUUGGUGUCCUUUCAUGUUAAGCAUUUCACUCCUGAAAGGUGUGAAACCGGAGCUGCAAGCUGAGUUCAUAGGUACAAAGGUGUCGAGAAACAAAGGAAGAGGCUUUGCUUAACGUUCUCUGAGGUGCAUUUCUUGUCUCCCUGAUGAAUGUGCUGCUUUUAUGUGCUGGCUCCAAAGAGAAAAAGUCAACAGUAUUUAUUGACAGACUGAGCAAGCGCUCUGAAAUGUCUCAUUAAUCUAUCUGUGCUGUGUGGUACAUUUCCUUUUGUAAAGAUGCUGUUUGAAAUUAAUUUUUGUAUUCCCAGUUAUCCACAACGUAGAAGAGGCUUUGUUAAGGAAUCAUUUAGAGGGUAUUUUUGCAUCUCUUUCUGUCCUCCUGUAGGGCUCAAUAACUCUGCCAGGAACAAGGACCCUUUCAGUCUUAGAUCUUGUUGCAUAAUGAAGGAUACUGAACGCUAUGAUGAAAGCAGGAGGCAAUAACAGGUAACCAGACUACAGCUGCAGAAAGCAGUUCAAAAAGCGCAUAAACCAAGUACAGUGAAAAUGUCCAUGUGUAUAUAUCCUGUUCAAAUGCAAGAGGUGAGACUGACGAGCUGUGGAUUGGGUGAGGUGGUUGUGACUGAGGUUUAUAAGAGGAAACCAGUUUGGACCCUGUGUGUUCAUAGUUACUGAAUAGCCAGAAGAGUGGUGGAACUUUAGUCGUGUACACACCGUUCAGGUUAAACGACAGUGCUAAGAGAGUAAUGCAGAGAAAGGGCAUGAGAAGGUGGAACAACCAUGUGUUUAUGUAUGUUAAUUUAGAGGAAGAUGGUAAGAGGAUGUGAUAAAUGCUUAAGGAACAGGUUAGUGGAAAUGUAUGGUGAUCGCUGAAGGGGUUUACAGAGAACUACACUCAUGUCUGUUCUGUUUGAUAAUUGGCAUGACACAGAAUAUAAAGGUGUUUUAACAAAGCAACGUGUAACCUAAAGAUAAACUGGAAAAACAGGACAUUUUUUAAUGUAAGGUACUUUCAAAAGAUGAUAUUUCCUCCCAGUGUUAUCUUAAGCAUGUAUAAAGCAAGUAUUGUCAGGUGUUAUAUUUAUUUGUCAUAUAAAAUAAUCAUCCUUGGAAUAAGUGUUUUAAUUAUUGUACAAGUCUAAUGCUU